UGUCCAGUAGAGAGGAAUGCCAGGGCAGAGCGCAGGAGGAAACUACCGGCAAGACGCCGGACUCCCGCGAUCCUAGGCUGGCAGGGGGCGGGGCUUGGCGCGGACCGCUAACGGGGAGGGCGGGGUCUGGGGCUCGGAAGGGUGGGCUUUGGGGGGAGGUGGGUAGCUACUUCGUUGUCGCCCGCACUCCUCGGCUUCCGCCUUAGAGCAAACCCGGGCCCAGCCAGCCCUUGGGUCGCCAUGGAGUCCACGCUGGGCGCGGGCAUCGCGAUAGCCGAGGCACUGCAGAACCAGCUACCCUGGCUGGAGAACGUGUGGCUCUGGGUCACCUUUCUGGGCGAUCCCAAGAUCCUCUUUCUGUUCUACUUCCCCGUGGCCUACUACGCCUCUCGCCGCGUGGGCAUCGCGGUGCUCUGGAUCAGCCUCAUCACCGAGUGGCUCAACCUGGUCUUCAAGUGGUUUCUGUUUGGAGACAGGCCUUUUUGGUGGGUCCAUGAGUCUGGGUACUACAGCCAGGCUCCAGUCCAGGUUCACCAGUUCCCCUCUUCUUGUGAAACUGGUCCAGGCAGCCCUUCUGGACACUGCAUGAUCACAGGAGCAGCCCUUUGGCCCAUAAUGAUGGCCCUCUCUUCCCAGGUGGCCACUCGGACCCGCAGCCGCUGGGUAAGGAUGAUACCUAGCCUGGCUUAUUGCACCUUCCUGUUGAUGGUCGGCCUGUCCCGGGUCUUCAUCUUGGCGCAUUUCCCUCACCAGGUGUUGGCUGGCCUAAUAACUGGUGCUGUCCUGGGCUGGCUGAUGGCUCCCCGGGUGCCGAUGGAGCGGGAGCUAAGCUUCUAUGGGUUGACCGCGUUGACCCUCAUGCUGGGCGCCAGCCUCAUCUAUUGGACCCUCGUUACGCUGGGCCUGGAUGUUUCUUGGUCCAUCAGCCUAGCCUCCAAGUGGUGUGAGCGGCCCGAGUGGGUGCAUAUGGACAGCCGGCCCUUUGCCUCCCUGAGCCGCGACUCAGGGGCUGCCCUGGGUCUGGGCAUCGCCCUGCACUCUCCCUUUUAUGCCCAGGUACGGCGGGCACAGUUGGGGAUUGGCCAGAAGAUAGCCUGCUUUGUGCUGGCUAUGGGACUGCUGGGCCCCCUGGACUGGCUGGGCCACCCCUCUCAGGUCAGCCUCUUCUACAUCUUCAAUUUCCUUAAGUACACCCUCUGGCCAUGCCUGGUCCUGGCCCUCGUGCCCUGGGUGGUACACAUGUUCAGUGCCCAGGAAAUACCACCCAUCCGCUCUUCUUGACUUCUCGUGCCUCUUUCUGCCCUUUCGCUCCGAACACUCUGGGACCACCACACCCCAGGAGGCAGCCCCAAUCCCUUCGAGCCCCCAAGCAGGCCCUGUUCACCCUAAGUUUCUUGCUUCUCCCACCACCUGGUCUAGGCCCCAAAGAAGAGCCUUCCUUCUCCCAGAGAAGCUGGUCCUCCUCCUGCCUUUCCUCCUAAGUCACCAAAGAGCAAAGGCAACAGCACGACCAGCAGGUUCCUGCAACGCUGUGAGGGGUAGCCAGGGCAGCCCCAAUAAAGCCC